GCUUAGAAAUUGAUUGACUAAAAUGAGGCGCAGCUUGGCGCCCAGCCAACGAUUGGGGGUUCGCAUCAAAUCAAAGGAUGCCUUCACACCGCCAUUGCUUAAGAAAAACAAACGCGCUUGCCAACAGGAGCUGGAGAAACGCCAAAGCGCUCUGCGCGAUGCCACCAAUAUUGUGGAGCUACCGCUGCCCAUACGAUUCACGGCCAACAGUGAAUAUGAGCAGGCCAUUGCCAAAGUGCUGGCACGCAAAUUCAAGGUGCCUAUAGCCAACUAUGUGCCGGAUUACGGUGGCAAUCGUUCGUUGGGUGUGCGUCGCUCAAUAGUGCGCCGGGCGCUACACGAUCCUCUAGCCUGCAAUGCUCUGGUACUGUUUACGCCGCCAGUCUACACGGAACACGAACGCAUGUCCCUCGAUCCCAGCAAGCUGCAGGUGCAUGUCGUCGUGGAUCCGCUGCUAAGCAACGUGUUGCGUCCACAUCAGCGCGAGGGUGUGCGCUUCAUGUACGAGUGUGUGGAGGGGAAACGUGGUAGUUUCAAUGGCUGCAUAAUGGCCGAUGAGAUGGGUCUGGGCAAGACGUUGCAGUGCGUCACAUUGACAUGGACGCUGCUACGCCAGAGCGCCGAUUGUAAGCCAACCAUAUCGAAGGCCAUUGUGGUGUCGCCUUCAUCGUUGGUAAAGAACUGGGAGAAGGAGUUCACCAAGUGGCUGCAUGGUCGCAUGCACUGCCUGGCCAUGGAGGGUGGCUCCAAAGAGGAAACGACUCGCACUCUCGAACAGUUUGCCAUGAACACGUCGACCCGCUGUGGCACACCCGUGCUCCUCAUCAGCUACGAGACAUUUCGGCUCUAUGCGCACAUACUCUGCAAAACGGAAGUGGGCAUGGUUAUCUGCGAUGAGGGCCAUCGGCUGAAGAACAGCGACAAUCUGACCUAUCAGGCCCUCAUGGGUCUCAAGACCAAGCGACGCGUUCUACUCUCCGGCACUCCGAUACAAAACGAUCUGACCGAAUAUUUCAGUUUGGUGAACUUCGUCAAUCCGGAGAUGCUUGGCACUGCCACGGAUUUUAAGCGUAACUUCGAGAAUGCCAUUCUGCGCGGUCAGAAUGCCGACUCCACGGAUACGGAACGCGAGCGUGCGCUGCUCAAGACACAAGAGCUAAUUGGUUUGGUCAAUCAGUGCAUCAUACGUCGCACCAAUCAGAUUCUAACCAAAUAUUUGCCGGUUAAGUUUGAAAUGGUCGUCUGUGCCAAGCUAACAGCGGUGCAGCUUCAGAUCUAUACGAACUUUCUCAAAUCGGAUCAGGUGUGUCGCAGCCUGGCAGAUUGUAACGAGAAGACAUCAUUGACGGCCUUGUCGGAUAUUACCACACUCAAGAAAUUGUGCAAUCAUCCGGAUCUAAUCUACGAAAAGUUGGCUGCCCGUGAAAAAGGCUUCGAGAACUCACAGAAUGUGCUUCCGGCCAACUACAAACCGAAAGACAUCAAUCCGGAGCUGAGUGGAAAGUUUAUGCUACUGGAUUUCAUGCUGGCUGCCAUACGCGCCAAUAGCGAUGACAAAGUGGUGCUCAUCUCGAACUAUACACAGACGCUGGAUCUGUUCGAGCAGCUGGCGCGCAAGCGCAAAUACAGCUAUGUGCGUCUGGAUGGCACCAUGACGAUUAAGAAGCGCUCGAAAGUUGUGGACAGGUUCAAUGAUCCCAGCUCGGACUGUUUCCUGUUUAUGCUCAGCAGCAAAGCGGGUGGUUGCGGUUUAAAUUUGAUUGGCGCCAAUCGCUUGUUUAUGUUUGAUCCCGACUGGAAUCCGGCUAACGAUGAGCAGGCCAUGGCCCGUGUCUGGCGUGAUGGCCAGAAGAAACCGUGCUACAUCUAUCGCCUGGUGGCGAGUGGCUCCAUUGAGGAGAAAAUACUGCAGCGACAGACGCAUAAGAAAUCGUUAUCGAGCACAAUUAUAGACAAUAAUGAGUCGGUGGAGAAGCAUUUCACACGCGAUGAUCUCAAGGAUUUGUUUAGCUUCGAGGCCAAUGUGCUAUCCGACACGCACAACAAACUUAAGUGUAAGCGAUGUUUCCAAGAUGUGCAAAGACAGCCACCGGCAGACAACACCGAUUGCACCUCCCAUUUAUCGCAGUGGUUUCACUGCUCCAAUAAUCGCGGCCUUCCCGAUACUAUACUCUCCCAGGCUUGGACUGCGAGUAAAUGCGUUUCUUUUGUCUUCCAUCAUCGCUCACAGGCAGAGGCCAAGCCAGCAGCUACAACAACAGACGAGGACGAGGAACUGUCGGACUCCAAACGGAAAGCCAAGAAGACAUUGGCCAGCGAUGAUGAUGAUGAUGAAGACUUCGUGUUAAAUUGUAGUAGUGGUGAAGAAUUUAGUGGUUUUUAGCUGCUUUAAGUUUAAAAAUAAUUUAUUGUUUUAGCAUUUGCGGAACCUGAUUUAGAUUUAAGGCUAACCUAAAGCUAAUUCUUUCUUUAAUUUUUAACAAUUAUUCUAAAAUACAUAAGUAGUUUAACAUUUAAAAUAUGGAACCCACAGCACACAAUGCUUGUUAUCUCCAUAAACACAACUACAAGCGCCUAAAAUAGCUUAACCUAAGUGCACACUUCAGAUUUAUAAAACACUGAUCUGAUAUUAGUAGUAUAGCAACGCAGUGUUAACACAGUCAAUAGAACACUUUUGUGUGAGGGAGUGUAUACAGAAUGGGGAUUAAACAUCAAUAAUUUUAUGUUCCAGUUCUAUCCAAACAUUGCUCUUUUCCGGCGGUUUUUGCAACGGAGAUGGCUGUUGUUGUAGCUCAAGCAAAAAGCCUCCAAUACUCUGGUAGUAACUGCAAAAUCGAUUGGAGAUUAAAUUAAAUGAAUUAAAGAAAGUA